GUAAACCUGACAGAGUUAAAGACGUUCCCGAAUCCCCCCGAGGCUGUGAUUAACGUCACCGCGGCUGUGAUGGUGCUGCUGGCUCCACGUGGAAGAAUUCCUAGAGACCGCGGGUGGAAGGCCGCCAGAGUCUUCAUGGGCAAGGUGGAUGAGUUUCUGCAGACCCUGCUUACUUAUGAUAAAGAGCACAUCCCUGAGUCCAGUCUGAGUGUGGUGAAGCAGGAAUACCUGAGAAACCCAGAGUUCCAUCCCGAUCACAUCCAGACCAAGUCCUACGCCGCCGCUGGCCUCUGUGCAUGGGCCAUUAACAUUGUGCGCUACUAUGAGGUUUAUUGUGAGGUCGCACCGAAGCGUUUGGCUCUGGCACAAGCCAAUACUGAACUGGAAACUGCUACAGCAAAACUACUCAGCGUCAGAAAGAAACUGGAAGAUCUGGACAGGCACCUGCAAAGCCUAACAGCUCAGUUUGAGAGGGCGGCGGCUGAGAAACUGCGCUGCCAGGAGGAAGUGACACGCACCAGCCAGACCAUUGAGCUGGCCAAUCGGUUGGUGGGAGGCCUGCAGGUACUGGGCGGCUGUGAGAGGAGAGGGUCUGGGUUUAGGGAAGCGCACUAA